UUAUAAACAAAUUUUAUUGAUUCCAAUUUCCCCGGCACCAAUUUUAUGAAGUACGAAGUAUUAAUUGAAAUGUGAUUAAUGAUUAUAUACAACGUAAAGUGGUUAAAUUUAAAAAAAUGUCUUUUGCUAUUCUGUGUUCUUUUGUAUUAGCGUUUUAUGUGGUUAUCUGGUUCUUUGAUUCUGUAUUUAAGAGUUGUAUGCACUACCCAUAUUAUGCAUUUUUGGAGGGAACAGGGUUAAAAGUUGGAAUUUUAAAUUUUACUUGGACAACUACUGCUUUUAAUAGGUGCAUCUACAGAUGGAGUAAGAACCUUGCACGUGUUUUAAGAAAAUGGUUCACGGUUGGAUAUUACGUAGCAGUUGGAUUGUUUCUUCCAUUUGUUGUAUGGACUCUCAUAUCUUUUAUUAUUGAGCAUUUUAAUGAGACAAUUCAAAUUAACGGAGUACCAGAGAUCAAAGCUAUAUUACCCGGUGUAAAUGUUCCCGCAUCUGACUUUUGGAUAUGUUUCCUUGCAAUUGCAUUAAGUUCAAUUUUCCACGAACUUGGACAUGCGAUGGCGGCUGCACAUGAAGAUGUGCAAGUUAUUGCCGUUGGUGUAUACAUAUUCACCAUAAUACCAAUAGCAUUUGUUCAACUGAAUACAGAACAUUUAAAUAGCCUUCCCAUUUUAAAAAGGCUUAAAAUUUACUGUGCAGGAGUCUGGCAUAACUUAGCUUUGGCGAUUUUAGCUAUGAUGCUGUUCUUUGCUGCACCAGUUUUAUUCAGUAUUGCAUAUGAAACAGAUAUUGGAGUAAGGGUUACUGAUUUCACAUCUGACUCCCUCUUAAAAGAUGCCAGAGGACUUGAUAGGGAUGAUGUAAUAAAAGCUAUAAAUGCCUGCAACAUUAAAGACUCGUAUGACUGGUCGUAUUGCUUGCAUGUAGCCCAUGACAGAUUUGGAGUAUGUACCAGUGCUGAAUUCAUAGCACAAAAUGAUGAAAUAAUGAUGGAAACAGUGAAAGAGAAUGGAGUUGUUGAAUGUUGUCGGAAGGAUGAUCUAUACAGCUUCUGCUUUGAAUACAUGGAACCUAAAUUGGUUGUGGAUUCCGUUUUACCCGGACAGUACUCAUGCUUAAAACCAAGGGAUAUGAUAAAGGAAAAACUAAUUAAAUGUACCGAAAUUGGAGGAUAUUCAUGCCCUAGGAAUAUGCACUGCUUAAAACCUUCAUUAAAUAACCAUACAUACUUAAUUAUCAUAGAAAGGCAGGAUAACAAUGCUGUACUGUUUUUAGGAUUACCAUAUGAUGUCUACAACACUGUGUUUGUAGACCAAUAUUUCCCUAGAUUGUGGAUAUUUUCAUUUUUCUCACCAACUGAAUUUGAAAAAUUACUUAGGUAUAUAUUUAUAUUUACUAUGGGUAUUGGAUUUGUAAAUAUUGUGCCAUGCUAUGCCACUGACGGUCAUCAUAUUGCAAGAAAUCUGAUUCAGAUGUUGGCUAAAACAUUGAACAAAAAUGGUGAUUUUGUUACAUUCUUCACAAUAUUUACUGUUUUUGUUGGCACGUGUUUAACUGUGCCAAUACUAGUUUAUUUAUUCUAUAAAGCUAUAUUUCUAGAUCACAUUGAUAUCUAAUUAGAAGUAGAAAUACAUUUUUAUACUUGUAGAAAUCUACACAUAAUUGCACAUUGAAUGACAUAGUGUGGGUGAUAAUUAAAGGUAAGAUAGACAUAGGUAAGAUGCAUUUGAUUUUUGUAAAUAGUUAGCAUAGAAUAGAUUAUAUAGAAUAUUUAUGUAAUUUCUAUGUACAAAUGUAUUAUAAAUUAGAUGUGCUAUUGGCCAGAAAUAUAAAACGAUCAAAUUUACAAUAAAAUGUUUAUUCAUAAUUUAUCAGCUUAUUGGCUGUGUUUUAUACUUAAGUGUUUAUUUAUUAUAGACAUUGCAUUCAACUUAGUUGCAUUACUAUUAAUUAAUGUUCUUAUGCAAAACUUGAAUUAGGCUACUGUGUAAAGGCAAUAAAAUUAAAUACGAUUUUGUAAUAAGUUA